GACAUUGGUGAAGGAGGUGGAACUGGGAGCAACAGAUGAAGUUUAAAUGUGGGGAUUAAAACUGAAGUAUUUCAAUGAUCUUUGGAUAAAAGCAACAAUUUAAAAAACAACAACAUAUAAUCUGUAUCAUAUAACGGUAUAAAGUAUUGCAAUAGAAUGAUCUCAUUGGUUGAGCUCUUGCACUCGCCACGUCCAUAUUUUGAUAACUUCCCUGAUGUGUCCGACGACUCAGUAGACAUGCCGGAGACCCCUACGUCCAGGUCACGAGGUCAGAAGGCUCCUGGCUCCGCUGUGUCCAGGCAAAAGUCUCCGAGGCCAGGUGUACAGCGGAGUUCAAGUGUGAACUCAUUGGAGAAGAAUGAAAGGCCACAGAGCAAACAACGUCACAGAAAUGUCAAAACAAAACCAGACGUGGAUGACUUGAGUGAAGCAGAAGACAACAAGGAAUCUGACUCCUCUGACCCGGAAGAGAAGCUCUGCACAUGCCUGGAGGCCCUGCUGACUGAGUGCAGCCGUCAGAGACUGAGAGCCUUAAGGAUGAGUCUCCGUCACUAUAGCAACGUUGACAACAGAGUUUCUUUCAAGGACAUUCAGACCUCACUACAGGAGAAUCAAGUCCGACUUAGUCAAAGAGCCUUGACAAUGAUAUCGGAGAUUUUUGAAGAUGGACAAGGCAUAGACUAUGAAAAGUUGUACGCAUGUCUGACCAAGGCCCACCUCAGAACAGGAAGAGACAGUAUCAAAGCCAGAAACAAAAGGAAUGAUCUAAAUGUCAAACAGGCAUUAACACUUGAACAAAUAGACCAGGAUUUUUUAAGACGUCUGGAAGAGCUACUAGUCAAAGAUCAAACCUAUUUUGACGUGCCUCUACUGAGAAACGAGUUCUCCAAGUGGGACCAACACAGAGUUGGACAGAUGGCCAAAGAAGGGGCUCAGUUGAUCUGCUGCGAGAGGACAGCUCUGUAUGGGGCUCUUCUAACCAAUUUAAUCAACAGAUGUGACGAGAACAAAGACGGGAAAAUAAGUUGGCCUUUGCUGCUGAACUUUUUAGAGAAAGCGCAAGCCAAAGCUUGGGAGAAACACCCAGAGCUGGCAACCCUGCCCGAGAAAGUGAAAGAGGCAGCAGCUUUACGUAUUGCUACGCCUGGUCCAAUAGAUGAGCUCUCCUCCAGCACCAGGUCUAAAGUGAUGACCAAGCUGUUAAAGAAGACUUCUUUCCGACGAAAUUCGUCAACAGACAACAAUACUCCAGAGCCACACAAACCAAAAGAGGACCCAGCCGGAGAUACGCUACCCGAAACUGGAGUCAAGGUUGACAACCCUGCACCGGAUGUCAAGAGAGCAAACCCAUUCGCAAAGGACAAGAAUACCAGAACCAAAGACCCUGAUGGUAAACAAACUUCCGAGUUGAAAAGUGAACCUCGUGGUCAAGACAAGAAAGAGAACAUUCCAGAAGGGAAAGACGAUGUGUUGGAUAGCAAAGUAACCAGAAUACCAUCCCACGAGGUCAAGGCUGUGGUACCCAAUGAGUACAAGUCAGCGCAAGUGACCUCUGACCCACCAAGUGAACGUCUUCAACUAGAAUGGAUUUACGGAUUUCGAGGGCACGACACAAAGUUCAACUUGUGCUUACUGGCCAGUGGCGAGAUCAUCUACUUCAUUGGUACAGUCGUCAUUCUGUAUAACCACCUUGACCACGUCCAGAGGCAUUACAGAGAGCAUACGGAGUGCGUUAGAUGCAUAAGUGUCCACCCUGCAGGAAUGCUAGUAGCCAGUGGUCAGUAUGCCAGCCGAGAUGAAAAGGGGCAUCAAGCACAUUUCAGACUCUGGAGGUCAGACACACUACAGACACUUCAUGUGCUUGGUGCUGGGCUUAUGGUCAAGUGCGUGGUGGCGCUGUGCUUUAUGCCAGGCGAGGAUAUCCUGGCAUGCGCAGACAACUCCCAAGAAAAGAAACUGACUCUCUGGGACGUGAAAGAAGGAAGUCUGGUGGCUGAGACAUUUAUCUCUACUGAGCUACUAUGCGAUAUGGGCUUCAACCCAAAGUACCCUGAACUGCUGGUCACCUGCGGGAAAGAACAUUUGUCUUGGUGGAAGGUUUAUGUAGAGGCAAGGCGUGUCCAACCUUCAGCGCAGCCCAAUUAUGAGGGUUUCCUGAAGGCGAGAUACAUCAACUGCUUAAGCCACAACCAGAAGGGCGAUCUCAUUACAGGGGAUUCUAAUGGAACAGUCUACAUUUGGGGGAAUGGGGGGAACAGCAUAACAAACUUCGUUAAACACGGACAUGAUGGGUCUGUUUUAAGUGUGCUUCAAUAUCGAGGUCAUCUUUUGACAGCCGGGCGGGAUGGGGCAUUUCACUGUUGGUCCUGGCGGAAGAAUAUGGACAAAGAAGGAACACUGCAGUUGCCGAAAUCUGAAGGUGGAGCCCGAUGCCUGCUUCUACUACCCUCGGAUGAUGGCGCCACCUCUACCUUAGUGCUGGGUACAACAAUGAACUCUCUGAUCUAUGUCAACUUAAACCAGUCGGCGACUCCUCUGGAAGGGGUCACUCUAGAUGACGUCCCUAUCACGCAAGGCCACACUGGAGACUUGCGAGCUGUGCAGAAGAUCGAGCAGUCGUUCCUUGGCGCUGACAUUAUCACGGCCUCUACUGAUGGCGUGAUUUGUAAGCUGAACUCGGAGACAAGAGAGCCUGUCUGGAAGCUAUGCAUGAAGGGCUAUCCGUUUCUCUGUGUGGACAUUAACAAAGAGGGGGAACUGCUUGUACUGGGGACCAAGGACGGACACCUGGUGAUCCUACAAGUGUUGAGAACGGACAUUUCAGUGCUGGAAAUUUACAAUAAAAAGAUUUCAACAGGGGCAAUCACCACUGUCAAACUUUCGCAAGAUCAAAAAAAGAUUGCGGCAGGAGGUACCGACAAAACUGUCCACAUUUACUCUCUGCAGUCAGUGGAAGGUAAAGAGGAGGAGGUUUGGGCUUUGUCAGGGAAAUGCCAGGGCCACUACGGACAUAUCCACGCCAUCGACUGGUCGAGCAACACGUUACAGGGAGAUCUCAUUAUUCGAAGUAGCAGUUCGAUACCUGAACAGAAGUUUUGGAAUGUCAAUACCUGUACCGAGGUACCUGGCGAAUUUAUGACUGAUGUGACAUGGGCGACAACUAACUGUGUCUUAGAUCACACUUUGAUAGGUCUAUGGAAAUCGAAACAGGCCAGCGAAGGUCACAUGACUUGUGUGGACGUCAGCCCUGCACGACACCUAGCUGCCAUGGCAACCAGUGACGGUUCCCUUAGUUUGUUCAGAUACCCAUCCUGUGCUGAAGGGGCUUUUAGUCACACCUAUAAAGCUCAUCACCACACCCACAACUUGUGUUUUACACCCAAUGGGCGGAGCGUUCUUACAGUGGGUGGAUCUGAUGAUUGCAUCAUGCAGUGGAAGCUUGUCUAACCACGUGAAGGAAGAUGGGGACACUUUGAGUUUUUUUUUUUGUCAUUGGACACAUGUUUGUUUGUUGUGAAAUGUUUCACAUGUUUUGGAUGUUCCUUCAGAGUUGAAGAUAAUUUACUUCCUAGUCCAAACCUCCCACAGUACGACGCGGGAUGGCAGCGGGCAGGGUUUGAAACCGGAACUAUCGAUAAGUCUGAACGACAGUCUAGCGCGCAAACCGCAAGACCAGGCAGCCUACAUUGGACAGAUUGGACACAUUGGCCAACAGCCUUUUUAAAAAUUUCUAAACAAGUCUUAAUUUUCUAUACAUUAACCAACAAAGAAAAUCCCCUAAAUCAAAACUUACCUACAUAAACAUUGACUUUUUAUAAUUAUAUCUUUACAAAAGUUCUAUCAUCUCACUCUGCAUGAUAAAAUGUUUGUACACGUUAUUUCUCCGACACCCAAUCUCGGAUCAAGCUGAAAUCUUUUCACAAUUAUUUCUUUUACCUGACAAAACAAGAAUAUAAAAAAACUAUUAACUAAUUAGUUAUUUUGUUUGGUGCCGAACAAGGAAAAUAAAUUGUACUUGACUGAUAUGGUGGUAUAAACUGAUUUAGUCCUCUUUAUAAGUCACCGCUUUAAACUAACAAUAAUAAUAAGGCUUGUCUUCGAGUCCGAAGAUUAAUGAGGAAUGCAGUAUUUCCCGUGGCUGCGCAGCCCCAACUAAAAAUAGAUAACUAAAAAACCUUUUAGUUUCAUAAGCACUUCACUAGCACAGUAAUUAGCGUUUCUGCUUGAGGAGGCUUAAGCCCCCUUUUUUUUAUAAAUGCAUUUUAAAAGCAAUUACGGUAACAUUCACGCAGAUACUCUCUUCUUUCACCCCACCCCUCUUUGUACACUACACGUUUUCAUCCGGAUGGAACAUAAAUGAUAUACAAAUAUUUGUGAAAAAAAAUGUUUAAAUAAAAUAAUAAACUUAAGCAAGUAGCCUACAAUUGAUUGGUAGAACGUAAUAGUACGGACAUUGUUCUAUGGUAUAUUGACUUCCACAGGCUCAAAUAAACGCUCUAAGUCACAAUAUUGGUUUCUAUGUUAGAAUUUUUGUGUUUUGUUU